GAAAUCGGGUUCAGGCACCUCAAAUAUAUUUAGGGCUGCUUCUGUAUCUCUCUUCCCAAAUUCCCAAAUCCCCAAAUCGAAUCCCAAUCUAAGACCAGACGAGCGUACCAAAUUCGUUUCAAUCGUCUCUGCGAAAAUAUGCCUCAGAGGCACUCAAAGAACAACAACGACCUCGCUUUCUUCACCUACGAUGAGAAGAAAAAGCUAGGCUAUGGAACGCAGAAGGAGAGGCUGGGCAGGGACUCCAUCAAGCCUUUCGACGCUUGUUGCCUCUGCUUAAAGCACUUCAUUAACCCCAUGUGCUGCCAGAAAGGCCACGUAUUUUGUAAAGAAUGUAUUUUCGAGUGCUUGCUUUCUCAGAAGAAAGAUAUCCAGAGAAAGCAAGCUGCACAUACUGCUCAGCAGAAGCAAGAGAACCAAGAGGAAGAAGAGAAGUUACUGCAGCAGAAAGCUAGAGAGCUCGAGGCUUUUGAUCAGCAAAACCAUGGUGCACUACCGCAAUACAAUGAUAGAAACCAGAGCCGAGAUAAGACUGGUUUCCAUGGUGCCAAUAGUGUUAAGGUCACCUCUUAUGAAGAAGAGGCGCUUCGGACAAUGAAAGCAUUUUGGCUGCCUUCUGCUACACCUGCAGCUCCUGCUAAAGUAGAUGCUCCUUCUACAAGCACAGUCUGUCCAGAAGGAAGCGAGAAACUAAAGCUGAAGUCCCUUUUCCCAGUUUAUUACACAGAAGACAGUAGUGAGGAGAAGAAAUCUUCAUCUCUGGAUAAGACAUUUAUCUGUCCGAGCUGCAAGGUUACUUUGACCAACACGAUGUCGCUCGUGGCUCUUAGUUCAUGCGGUCACGUCUUUUGUAAGAAAUGUGCUGAUAAGUUCAUGGCUGUAGAUAAGGUUUGCCUUGUUUGCGACAAGGGAUGUAAAGAAAGGCAUUUGGUGAACUUGGCAAAAGGUGGAACAGGCUUUGCUGGCCAUGGAGAUAAUCUUGAAGCAAAAGACUUCAAGCAUUUGGGGAGUGGCUCGGGAUUAGGGUUGGUUAGACCCGCAGUGAAGACUUGACCUCUGAAAUUUUAUGGUUUGGUGACUUUUAACACCAAGUUCUCCAUCCUUUUUUGGAUCUCUUUUGUUGUGGCUUUCAAUGUUAUUUAUAUACAGCAACAUUAGGGCAUCCUUUAUCUGUAAGUUGAGUUGUGUGUCUAUGCAUUGCUUGAACAUGUUUUAUGAUUCUGCAAUUUGGUUAAUGAGCAAUUAGACAUGGGCUGUGCUAAA